GCAGGGUGUUCUUUAGAAGAUGGGGUUUCCCCCCUCAUGGGUUGCUCUGAUUAUGAGCUGUGUGACAUCUGUUAGGUUUUCCAUUAUGCUUAAUGGAAAUCCUCAACCGAGUUUUGCUCCUUUUAGGGGCCUGCGUCAGGAUGAUAGUAUCAUUUUUGCACGAGCCAAUACUCAGGAGGCGGAGUGUGUUCUUGACAUUCUGUCCACCUAUGAGCGGGCUUCUGGUCAGGUCAUUAACCUGGAUAAGUCUAUGCUCUCUGUGAGCCGCAAUGUACCUCAGAAUGGUUUUAAUGAGCUAAAGCAGCUUUUGAAUGUGAAGGCAGUUGAGGGUUUUGACAAGUAUCUUGGUUUACCCACCAUGAUUGGUAAGUCCAAGACUAGAAUUUUUAACUUUGUUAAAGAUCGUGUCUGGAAGAAGCUCAAAGGGUGGAAGGAGUCCACUCUUUCCAGAGCAGGUAGAGAGGUCUUGAUUAAGUCUGUGGUGCAAGCGAUACCUUCUUAUGUUAUGUCAUGUUUUAUUUUACCUGAUUCUCUCUGUGCAGAUAUUGAAAGGAUGGUGUCUCGAUUUUACUGGGGUGGCGAUGUCGAUAAGAGGGACCUCCAAUGGGCUAGCUGGCAAAAGUUAACUCGUUCAAAAUUUGAUGACGGACUUGGUUUUCGUGACUUUAAGUCUUUUAAUAUUGCCCUUGUGGCUAAGAAUUGGUGGAGAAUUUAUACCCAACCUGAAACUUUGCUUGCUCAAGUUUUCAAGGGGGUGUAUUUUGCGCAAGGUGAUCUACUGGGGGCCAAACGUGGCUAUCGUCCAAGCUAUGCUUGGUCUAGUAUCUUGCGGUCCAGCUGGAUUUUUCAUGAGGGGGGUCGUUGGAAAAUUGGUGAUGGUAGUCAGAUUGAUAUUCUUCAUGAUCAGUGGCUACCUCAGGGGGUACCUGUUAUAGGUAGUCAGGAUUUAAUGACUGAAUUUGGAGUGUCCAGGGUCUCUCAUUUAAUUGAUCAUACGACCAAAACUUGGAAGUAUGCUUUGGUGGAUUUUAUUUUUCACCCAGCCACUGUCUCUCAUAUCUUAAAAAUUCCUUUGCCUUUGAAUGGUAGUGUUGAUACUCUAAUGUGGCCAGAAACUGUUGAUGGCAAUUAUUGUUCCAAAUCUGGUUAUAUUUUUGUUCGCAGGAAGCUCCUUGGCGCUUGUUCGUCAUCUUCUUCCCAGCCAUCGCUUCCAGCUCCUUUGUGGAAGAAGUUUUGGCGUACUAGUGCCCAACCCCGUUGCAAGGAGGUGGCGUGGCGUGUGGUCUCAUCUUUACUUCCGGUCCGUGCCACGCUUCGUCGGAGAGGCAUGGAUGUUGAUCCUUUGUGCCCAGUGUGUGCUAAUGAGGAGGAGACUGUGUUUCACUUGUUCGUGUCUUGUCCAGUGGCCCAGAAUUUCUGGUUUGGCUCCCCCCUUUCCCUUCGUGUGCACGAAUUUAGCUCCAUGGAGGACUUCUUGGCGGUUUUUUUCCGAGCAGCUGAUGAUGAUGCCCUCGCAUUAUGGCAGGCGGGAGUGUACACUCUUUGGGAGAUGCGCAACCGUGUUGUUUUCCGAGAUGGUGAGAUUCCUGUGCCGGUAGCGGUCGUGAUCCAGCGAUGUUCCAUGCUAGCUGCUGCGCCGGUGUCAGAGGUAACGGUGGUGCCUAGACCAGCUCCGUUGUUGCAGGCAACUUGGGCGCGGCCACCUCGAGGUAUCUACAAGCUGAAUUUUGAUGCAGCUGUGGCUACCACGGGAGAGGUGGGUUUUGGUUUGAUUGUGAGGAAUAUGUUGGGCGAGGUUCUUGCUUCUGCAGCACAAUAUCUUCUCCAUGCAGCUUCAGCGAUCCUUGGGGAGGCAUUAGCCUUUCGCUGGUCUAUGCAGCUUGCCGUUCAGAUGGGUUUUCGUCGGGUGCUUUUUGAGACGGAUUGUCUGCAGCUGUUCCAGCUCUAG